CAAACAGGAAGAGGAGUGUUUGUUAUGCUCGGCCUCCUGCAACUGGGAAUCCUACAAUCUGGUUUUAUGUCCCACGACUUUUUUUAAACGUGUGUGCCGCUGCAUUUUUUAUUUAUUUUUUUAUUAAUGUGAAUCGGACAUUGAAACUGGAAACAUGAAUGGGAGUUCUAACCCGUUGUUAGACAAAGAGCAUGUCCUGAAGCUCGGAGAGAGCUUUGAAAAGCGUCCGAAAUCAUCAUUUCACACCAUCAGGUAUGACUUUAAACCAGCGUCCAUCGACACAUCUUGCGAAGGGGAGCUCCAAGUAGGCAAAGGAGAUGAAGUCACUAUCACUCUACCUCACAUUCCGGGCUCCACACCACCAAUGACUGUGUUCAAAGGUAACAAAAGACCAUAUCAAAAAGACUGCGUGCUGAUCAUCAACCAUGACACAGGGGAGUUCAUGCUGGAGAAACUCAGCAGCAGCAUACAAGUGAAGAAAACCAGAGCUGAAGGCAGCAGUAAAAUACAGGCAAGAAUAGAACAGCAGUCAGUACGGGCAACUCAGCCUCCCGCACAGUUCAGAGCUCCCACCAAGCCUGGCGUCGGGGCUAAAACCUCCCCUACUAAAGACAACCCCUCCCCCGAGCCCCAGCUGGAUGACAUUAAGAGAGAGCUGCGCGCGGAGGUGGAGAUCAUCGAGCAGAUGAGCAGCAGCAGCGGGGGCAGCAGCUCCUCGGACUCGGGCAGCUCGUCGGGCAGCGAGGACGACAGCUCCAGCAGCGCCGGGGAGCAGGAGGACCCCCAGCCGCGGCACGGCGCCCGCAACGGCACGGGCCGGCCGCAGGGCAGCCACCAGCUCAUGAGCACGCUGAGAAAUGACCUGCAGCUCAGUGAAUCUGGAAGUGACAGUGACGACUGAGCCCUGGGUCCUCUCUCAUCGCAGCGACUUGAGUCCAAGCGAGGAUUACCACGAGGAUAUGUUUUUACGGCCUGAUUUUAGUGUAUUUUAAUAUCACACAAGCCUGUCCAACCCGGAAGUGUUUUAGAUUGUAUUUUCUUACGUAUGUAAUUCAUUAUCUUUAGAUGCAAUCUUCUAACAUGAGAAGAGUUUGCAAGUAGUGAUAUUAUGAAUACAUACAUAAGGAUUUUAUAUUUAUUUUUGUCCACUGUGUCUUUAUACCCAUAUAACAUUAUAAGGGAAUAGAAUAUAUAUAUAUAUCUGGAAAGAAAAAAAUCAUUCUUUUUUUCUCAUGAAAGUCUAAAGCCUUUACUAACAGCUUAGAACACUGUGCUGCUGGACUUGUGUUAUAUCAGUAUCAGCAAAAUUAAGCUCUUAAUUUUUAUACAUGAACAUGCCCCACAGAAGAAAUAUCACAUAAAUCUAUGUUGUUUUUUGAACCCCUUCGUUUUAACAUGUCAUUAUUAAACUGCAUGUUAAAACUGCUCAGUUUUUGUGAAUUAACAGCCACACUAGUCCCUGAAAUGACCGAGCUCUGAACAUUGUGCAUGAGAGUUUCCUGAACCCGGGGUUGUUCCACAGAACAGCACGUAACAUCACAUUCUUUUCCCGUUUCCUUCCUGAAAAUAAAUCCUGAUGGAGCAGUUAGGGUGUCCUGAGUGUAGUCAGGUUGAUUUUCAAGUGUGCUUGAGUAUAACAACGUACAUCAUAGGAAAAAAUACUUUAAAAAAAGACUGGUGCCAGCAUCUAAAAUGGUGAAAUGAAACAUUUAACAUAUGAAACUUCCUUUGCUUAUUUGCCUUUGUUCGUAGCAGUUCCACCCAUUACUUUUGAACUGCAGACUUGGUGUUUAAUUGCACCUGUGGCUUGACAGAUACCUCAGCUUCUUACCAAUAGCAACCCACACUCAAGUACAAGACCUGCAAUUUGUGGUUGGGUCCAAAUCCUUGGUCACUUAAUUUAUUUGUUCAAAAUGCAUAAUCAAUUAUUUUAGAGAAAGAGAAGCUGUGUUUGAAUGAUUAUCGGUAAACAAUUCUGUUGACAAAAGUGUUAAAAUGUGUAGUUCAGAAUAUUGGAAAUAUAUUAAAUAGGAGCAGAGUGGAAAGAGAAGUUACUUUUAAAGAGAGUUUUAUUCUCUUAAUAUUGUGUAUAUAAGCCAGACAGCUACUAACACAUUCUUUAAAUGGAAAGGAAGAGCACAGGGGUACAGUUGACAUUUAAAUAACAAAGGAAAAAAACAAACAGUUAUUUAACUACAAAAGUGACUUCAGUUUGAUAUAUCCUGUACAUGAACAAUGUAUCAUAUCUAGUUAAUCCUCUUCUGGCCAGAUUUGUAAAAUUGUGUAGUAAUUUUUGUGUGCUUAUUAUUGUUAAUUCUUUACAUGUGUUUUGCACUUCAAGCACUGUAUCUUUAUUAAAUUUUGAAACUUUU